GGUUUUCUUGAGCCAUAGAAAAUAUUGUCUGUAUUUACAUGUUUACACAUGUUUGACUUUAGAGUGGACUUUUUGCAGUGGCUUCAUGCGUCGGCUCCUCCUGAGGGUCUGAGAUCACAUGAACCUGGACUGAGCAUGGAUCAGAGAGAGACCAGAGAGGACGGAGCCCCUCCCUCUAUAAAAGCUCACAGACCUGCUCCUGAGGCCAGAGGCGUCUCAUUCAAGAGUGAUGAGUCUAUGGGACACGGGAUUAAUUUUAAAAGAGAACAUGGUCCAAAGAUCCACCAGAAACAUCCUCCAUCUGAACCUGGUCCCAUCUGUGAGUCCCUCAGGAGUGACCGCUCUAUGAGACCACCAAUUGGUUUUACCACAGAGCCAGUGGAGCAGCAGGGUCCAGAGGUCUCCAGUGGUCAGCACCAUCAGACACAGCUGGACUCCAUAUUUAAGCUUCUGGAGGAGGACAUCUUCACUUUUGUCCAGAAGGAGCUGAAGAAGCUCCACAAGGUUCUGAGUACAGAUUACCCAGAAUGCUUAGAGUCUGUGAAGGAUGAGGAUGAAGAGCAGAGGAGCAGCAGUGAGGCUGUUCUGAAGAUCACACUGAACUUCCUGAGGAGGAUGAAGCAGAAGGAGCUGGCUGAGCGUCUGUGGAGCAGGAGUUAUUCAGGGAGUUAUUCUGGAGAUUAUCAACGUAAACUGAAGACUAACCUGCAGCAGAAGUUUGAGUGUGUGUUUGAGGGCAUCGCUAAAGCAGGAAACCCCACCCUUCUGAAUCAGAUCUACACAGAGCUCUACAUCACAGAGGGAGGGUCUUCAGAGGUCAACCAGGAACAUGAGGUCAGACACAUGGAAACAGCCUCCAGGAAACCAGGCCCAGCAGAGACAGUCAUCACAUGUGAAGACAUGUUUAAAGGCCCAGCUCACACACAUGGACCAAUCAGAACAGUGCUGACAAAGGGAGUGGCUGGCAUCGGGAAAACAGUGCUCACUCAGAAGUUCAGUCUGGACUGGGCUGAAGGCAAAGCCAACCAGGACAUACAGCUGCUGUUCCCGUUCACUUUCAGAGCACUCAAUGUGCUGAAGGAGAGAAGCUUCAGCUUGGUGACACUUGUCCAUCACUUCUUUAGUCAAACACAAACAGAACUCUGCAGCUUUGAAGACCUCCAGGUGCUCUUCAUCUUUGACGGUCUGGACGAGUGCAGACUUCCUCUGGACUUCACCAAAACCAAGGCCCUGACCGACCCCACAGAGUCCACCUCACUGCACGUGCUGCUGGUAAACCUCAUCAGGGGGAGCCUGCUUCCCUCCGCUCGCCUCUGGAUAACCACACGACCUGCGGCGGCCAAUCUGAUCCCUGCUGAGUGCGUCUCCAUGGUGACAGAGGUCAGAGGGUUCACCGACCCACAGAAGGAGCUGUACUUCAGGAAGAGGUUCAGAGACAAGGCCAACACAAUAAUCUCCCACAUCAAGACGUCCAGAAGCCUCCACAUCAUGUGCUACAUGCCAAUCUUCUGCUGGAUCACUGCCACAGUCCUGGAGCAUUUGUUGAAAAGCAGAGAGAGAGAAGAGCUGCCCAAGACCCUGACUCAGAUGUACAUCCACUUCCUGGUGGUUCAGGCCAAAGUCAAGAACAUCAAGUAUGAAGGAGGAUCUGAGACAGACCCACACUGGAGUCCAGAGACCAGGAAGAUGGUGAAGUCUCUGGGAAAACUGGCCUUUGAGCAGCUCCAGAAAGGAAACCUCAUCUUCUAUGAGUGUGAUCUGAGCGAGUGUGGACUGGAUGCUGCAGCGGCCUCAGUGUACUCUGGAGUGUUCACACAGGUCUUUAGAGAGGAGCCAGGCCUGUACCAGGACAAGGUCUACUGCUUCAUCCAUCUGAGUGUGCAGGAGUUUCUGGCUGCUCUUCAUGUCCAUCAGACCUUCAUCAACACUGGGAUCAACCUGCUCUCAUCAAAAACGCAGAAAUGUACAAAGUUUAAUCUGAUAUCUGAUGUAAAAUAUCUUCAUGAGUCAGCUGUGGACCAGGCCUUACAGAGUCCAAAUGGACACUUGGAUCUGUUCCUCCGUUUCCUCUUGGGUCUUUCACUUUCCACCAAUCAGAGCCUCCUACAAGGUCUACUGACACCGACAGAAAAGAGCUCCAAGACCAAUCAGGAAACAAGUGAGUACAUCAAGAAGAAGCUGAGUGAGGAUGUGUCUGCAGAGAGGAGCAUCAACCUGUUCCACUGUCUGAAUGAACUGAAUGAGCAUUCUCUGGUGGAACAGAUCCAACAAUACCUCAGUUCAGGACAUUUGUCUAAAGCUAAACUGUCUCCUGCUCAGUGGUCAGCUCUGGCCUUCAUCUUACUGUCAUCAGAAGAAGAUCUGGAGCAGUUUGAGCUGAAGAAAUACUCUGGUACAGAGGAGGCUCUCCUGAGGCUUCUGCCAGUGGUCAAGGCCUCCAACAAAGCUCUUCUGAGCAGCUGUAACCUGUCAGAAAGAAGCUGUGAAGCUCUGUCCUCAGUCCUCAGCUCCCAGUCCUCUAGUCUGAGAGUCCUGGAUCUCAGUCUCAAUGACUUGAAGGACUCAGGGCUGGAGAUGUUGUCUGUUGGUCUGAAGAGUCCUCACUGUAAAUUGGAACAGCUCAGACUGUCAGGUUGUUUGGUCUCAGAGGAAGGCUGUGCUUCUCUGGCCUCAGCUCUGAGGUCCAACCCCUCCCAUCUGAGAGAACUGGACCUCAGCUACAACCAUCCAGGAGACACAGCAGUAAAGCUCCUGUCUGCUCUACAGGAGGACCCCCACUGCGCACUGGACACUCUCAGACUGAGCAGCUGUAACCUGUCAGAGAGAAGCUGUGAAGCUCUGUUCUCAGUCCUCAGCUCUGAGUCCUCUAGCCUGAGAGUCCUGGAUCUCAGUCUCAACGACUUGAAGGACUCAGGGCUGGAGAUGUUGUCUGUUGGUCUGAUGAGUCCUCACUGUAAACUGGAACAGCUGAGUCUGUCCCUCUGUGGACUGUCCCCUCACAGCUGUGGGUCUCUGGCCUCAGUCCUCAGCUCCUCCAGUCUCACACACCUGGAUCUCAGUCACAACGACCUCCAGGACUCAGGAGUGGAGCUGCUGUGUUCUGGACUGAAGAGCGCCCCCUGCAGACUGGAGACGCUCAGGCUGUCUGGAUGUCUGGUCUCACAGAGGGGCGGGGCUGCUCUGGCCUCAGCUCUGAGCUCCGCCCCCUCCCACCUGAGAGAGUUAGACCUGAGCUACAACCAUCCAGGACCCUCAGCCAAGCUCCUGACCGCUCUACAGGACCAGCGCCCCCUGCUGUCUGUCAGACUGGACUAUGCUGGAGCUGUGAGGUUAACACCAGGACUCAGAAAGUAUUUCUGUGAUCUCACUCUGGAUCCAAACACAGCUCACAGAAAACUCAAACUGUCUGACAACAACAAGAAGGUGACACAUGUGACAGAGGAGCAGCCAUAUCCAGAUCAUCAGGACAGAUUUGAGACCUGGGAACAGAUUCUGUGUUCCACUGGUCUGACUGGUCACUGUUACUGGGAGGUCAAGUGGAGGGGAAGGGUUGAGAUAUCAGUGUCUUACAGAGGAAUCAGAAGGAAAGGAGAGAGUGACAGUUUGUUUGGAUGGAAUGAUCAGUCCUGGAGUCUGUUCUGUUCUGAACUUGGUUUCUAUGUUUGGCAUAAUAACAAACGCACCUCCCUCCCUCAGCCCUGGUCCUCCUCUUCUGGGACAGUCUCAGUGUUUGUGGACUGUCCUGCUGGCUCUCUGUCCUUCUACACAGUCUCCUCUGACCAACUGACCCACCUCCACACCUUCAACACCACAUUCACUCAGCCUCUGAUCCCUGGGUUUUGGCUCCGUUCCUUUGGCUCCUCAGUGUCUCUGUGUCCGACAGACUCACCCUCCUCUGUGUAAAAUACAACAGUCACAUCUGUAGAAAAAUCACUUUGUAAAUGUUGAUUUUAUUUUGACUUCAUUUGACCAGAGAUUUAUUUUAUAAUGUUUUAUUUCCUCUUAAAA